AUGAGCAGAGCCCCUAGGCGGGCCCUCCAGUCAGCCUCAGGUCAGGGGAAUCGGAUGGUGAUCGCUGCCGCCUCGCCACAGCACCUUGUCCGUCCCAGGUCCGCUCCUCGUGCGAGCCCAAAGGGGACGGCAAAGAAAAAUACAUCCCUCUCUGGCAUUGCAACACAGCGUGGUCCAGCCCUGCAUCCAGAGAGGCCAGAGCGCCGUCCAUGUGCCGCGCCCUUGCGAUGCCCACUGUUUCCCUUGCACGUCACCGUCAUUAACACCAUCACCGUCACUGCGGCCAAAUUCGCGUUUCUUCGCAACAUGGAUGUGCUUGACAUCACGACUGAAUCAUCUCCGUCGACAGAGCCAUUGAUUGAUUAUGUGAGGGUCCAUGAGCCAGGCAUGCUUGGCACAAUAAGCCAGGAUAUAGGUCACACCACUUUCCAUUGGGCAAAAGGCGGCGAUCCUAUGGGCUUGCCUUGCCAUCCGCAGCUAGAUUUGCCAUGUUCGGUACCAAUAAGUUUGUUGCUCCAAAACUAUGGUUCACAUCCCGCCCGCAGCUCAUACAUUCAGACUCGUCUUGCGCUACACAAAAGCCCAUUUUACGCCUGGCCAUGUGGGUUGUGA